AUGGGAAUCUCUGCCGACCUUGGAUCCAAGCGAGUGCCCCCCCGGUCGCUAGUGGCUGCCGCGGAUUGGAGCAACAUCCUUGCAGGACUCACCCUGAUCGUCCCGUUCGCGAUUUUGGUUGGCACUUCUACCUUCAACUGGUUUGAGAUGACGGACCUCUUAGAGCUGAUCUUCCAGAUCUGUAUGGCCGUUGAAGGCUUCCUCUGGGCGUUGGGCGGUGCGCUCACGGCGUGGACUUUCGUGAUCCGCAACGACGAUGCCUAUGGGGCAGCUUCGCAGACCGUCAUCACGUUUGGGGGCAUCUUUUUCUUCCUGAACGGCCUGUACAACGGCAUCCCGGGCAAAGCGAUCAGCUUCGGAUAUGUGCUAGAUCCACAUGGGCGAGUUCAAUUCACGGACUCCGCACCCUACUACGGCACUGCAUGCUUCAUGACUGGAACGGCGAUGGGAUUGAGAAACUCAUGGUCCCUAUCCAGACAGAGGUUCCUGAGCGUGUUUUGGGCCUCGUUCUGUAUGUGCCUUGGAGCCUGGACACUGGGCAUGGCAAUUUGGGUGCCAAUGCUUUUCGAUGGCUUUGCCAGCUAUGACAGCUUUGACCAUCCUGAUGUGGAGAUGUAUUCCCAGAAAACCUUCGCGUGGUCCUCCAACCAUCUCUUCCAGAUCUUUGGGGCUUGUACCCUGACCGUCGGUGCCUUUGUCUUUGCCACGAUUGAUGGUGUGCUGUGGUGGUACCCCAUCAGCGAGACCAAGGCCUCGAGCAAGCAGAGCCCCGAUGAAGAUCUCGAAAACAAGUGA